AACAUGGAAUACGCAAAUAGCAAAAAAUUGUUCAGUCCCCCCUGGGACCUGCAAGAGUGGGCAGCCUCGGACGACCGCGUCCGCGGCGGCCGCUCGACGUCAUGCUUGUCUCGCACGCCCCACGGCGUCCUCUUCCACGGAAACCUCGACAUCAAAGCACUCGGCGGCGCGGGGUUCGCAUCGCAGAAAACCGUCAGCACUGAGAAGACCUGGGACUUGUCGGACUACGAUGGACUCGAGCUUGACGUCCAUGCCUGCGACAGCAAGCGGUACACCGUGGCAGUGACAGACGAGAUCCCUGAGCGUCGACCCGACGGUCGCGAGCAGAGCGCCCUGAUCUGGGAGGUGGAUUUUUGCCCUGAACAUACGGACGGGGUAUUCCGAGUGAAGUGGAGCGAGCUGCGACCGACGUAUCGAGGCAAGGAGGUGCCUGUUGCACGACCUUUAGAUUUGAGUCGCGUGCGGCGGUUUCGGAUCAUGAUUAGGAGCUUUUUUGGUGCGCAGGAGGGUGCAUUCCAGAUGGAGGUGCGUUCUAUCGGGGUGUUUCGAGCGCUGUAUCAGGAUGAGGAAAAUACGGAGUACAUGAACGAGAAAGGCUGGGCUACGGAGGAAGGAGAGGAUGACUUGUUAUGUGGAUGUUGUGGAAUCUUGUAAUAUCAUUACACCUCCCUCAAAAAUAACAAGAUUGUGAUUACUCUCUGUGCGCGGUGAUCCGGCCCAGCCCCGACCUAGAGAACAAGACUCUAUCCUGCAUG